GAUGAACGAUGAGGUUGUGGCGCCGUUGAAAUUCUCUAUCAAAAACCCAGUAGGAGGCAUCAUCGGAGCAUGCCUGCUCACGUUUCUAUUUCCGUUUCCGGACCUUUCCCAAUCCGAAUUGUCCGGAAGGGGAACCUUAGCUUCAGAGCGUCAUCCACGGUGGAUGAGCAUCAAUCGAGAUCGGUUAAGUACGAUAGUCUUAGAAUUCUCGAAUGGGACAAGCUCUGCGAUUCCGUCGCCUCCUUCGCUCGAACCUCCGUCGGCCGUCAAGCGACCAAGGCUCAGUUGUGGUCUCUCGAUCAGACCUUCGAAGACAGUUUGAGGCUCUUAGACGAAACCAAUGCCGCAAUCCUAAUGCACAACCAUGGCUCCUUCAACUUGGACUUGACCGCCGUCGACCUUGCUCUAGUUGAGUCUGGUAUCAAACGUGCACAGAGGGGUUUACACAUGGAAUCAAAUGAGGCAAUGGCCAUUCUAUCUCUAUUACAGUUUGUUGAAGGCUUACAGCUCAAUCUCAAAGCUGCAAUUAGGGAAGAUGCAGACUGGUAUAAGCGGUUCAUGCCUCUUAGUGGAUCCAUUAUGCAAUUGGUUGUAAACCGAGUAUUGGUGAAGUUGAUACAGCAAGUUAUAGGUGAAGAUGGCUCUGUUAAGGACUCUGCGAGUCCUGCCCUAAAGAAAGCAAGAAAUCAAGUCCAGAUACUUGAAAGAAAGUUAUAUCAAUUAAUGGAGAGUCUUAUAAGGAAUGAAGCAGAUGAUGCAGCCCUUCUGGAAGUGAGUAAUGUUGAUGGUAGGUGGUGUAUAAGAUCAGGGGCUGAUCGGCAGACAAGUUUCAAGGGUCUUCUAAUGUCCAGUGGUUCAGGAAUUGGAAGCAUUGCAGAGCCACUCAUAGCUGUUCCUUUAAAUGAUGAAUUGCAGCAAGCAAGAGCAUUAGUAGCAAAGGUUGAAGCAGAUGUGCUUUUGAUGUUAACAGAAAAGGUACAAAUGGAUCUUGAUGACAUUGAGAAGAUUUUUAUCAGUCUAACUCAAUUGGAUGUGAUCAAUGCUCGAGCUACUUAUAGUCUUUCAUUCGGAGGAACAUGUCCCAGAAUAUUCUUACCUGAUGAAAAAGAGGGAUCUCUAAUGGCUGAAUCCCAUGGAUCGAGGAAAAAAACUUUAAAUGCAUCAUACCCCAAAAGAGAAUGGAUCUUUUAUCUGCCUAAUGCUUAUCAUCCAUUAUUACUCCAGCAGCACAGGAAAAAGAUGCAGAAUGUUGGGCAGGGUCUUAGAAAUGCCACUGCAGAAAUUGUUGAGAAAAAAAUACAAGUAGAGAAUGUCGCCAUCAAAGGAGGAAAGGAACCAGAUCUUUCAUCCUCACAACUGCAGGUUAGUGCACUGGAACAUGCUUCUCCUGUGCCAGUUGAUUUUUUUAUUGCACAGAAGACAAGGGUUCUGGUCAUAACUGGCCCUAAUACUGGGGGCAAAACUAUAUGCUUGAAGACAGUGGGAUUGGCUUCUAUGAUGGCAAAAUCAGGUCUUCAUGUUUUAUCUUCAGAGUCUGCACAAAUUCCUUGGUUUGAUUCUAUAUUUGCUGAUAUUGGUGAUGAUCAGUCUCUGUCCCAGUCAUUGUCUACCUUCUCUGGCCACUUGAAACAAAUAAGUGACAUCAGAUCACAGUCCACGGGUCAGUCACUGGUGCUACUAGAUGAAGUUGGUGCAGGAACAAAUCCUCUUGAAGGAGCAGCACUGGGGAUGUCAAUUCUGGAAUCUUUUGCUGAAAGUGGUUCAUUGUUGACAAUAGCUACUACACAUCACGGUGAACUUAAAGCUCUGAAAUAUAGGUAUCUUAAUCUGACAGCUUAACAUAUGGCAUAAUGCUUGGACUGGCAGCUAACUUCAGUGUGUUAGCAUCUGUCUGUUUAGGAAGGAAUUCAAUCAUAUCAAGAUGAUGAUCAUUGUAAAUGCUUUAUUUCAACCUAAAACCUUAAAUGAAUGGAAGGCAGGUUUCAAUCAUCAUCUGGCUUUGGCAUUCAUAAAAAAAAUUGUUCCUGCUUGGCUUAUUAUCAAAAUUACUUUUUUGACAGUAAUGAAGCCUUUGAAAAUGCUUGUAUGGAGUUUGACGAAGAGAAGUUGAAGCCAACUUACAAGAUUCUCUGGGGAAUACCAGUUUCUAAGUUUUCCCUGCUUAUGCAGUCAUCUUGGUGUUUAAGGAGAUAGAGAACUAGUUGGAGAAUAAAGAAAUCUUCAACAACAAUUCUAGGCAUAAAUCAUCUCCGGUCAGUGCAACAUUAUAAGUUGGAAACCUGUACAAAUUAGUUACCUAGUAAGAAGUUUGGGUAUAAAAAUCUAAUCUUCUAGUCAUGCCUUUUGUUAGUACUGUCAUCUAUUAAAAUAUCCAAAACUAAUUGUGAUUCCCAAUAAGGUAAGUGCAAUUAUUUUACAACCAUAAAAACAAUAACUUUCA